GUCGCUGAGCCACGAAGGCACAUCAGCACUCCGUGGGAUGGACGCUCCUGGGAGCAAAAAAAUUCUGAGAGGCAGAGGCAGAAGGAGAGCGCUGGCGUGGGCAGGGCAGAGUUAGGAGAGGAGCAGGUCGCAGCGGAGAAGUAGCUCUUCUUCGGAGGGGAAAAAAAUAAACCUGGGCUGGAGGCGAGCGAGGACUGCAGAGAGAUUUCCCUGAUUCCUGCGGUCCGGCUGAGGCGUUUGAUGGUGAGAUGGAGAGAGCGGCCGCUUUCCCGUUCCCCUGAUGCUGGCUCGGCGCGGCUGGAGCCGGCGGCAGCCCUCGGCAGGACCCGGGCGCGUGCCCAGGAGCAAUCACAAUGGCCGUGCUGGUCCCAGCUCGCCAGAGGUGAAACCUGGCGCUGCCCAGUCCCAUGUGAGUGCUGCUGCAUGAGCUCCCACGGCCUGGCAGCUCCCACGGCCCCCUGACACCUGAUGACCGAGCGAGCCAUGGGCAGCGUCCGGGUCAAUCGGUACAGCAUUGUCUCCACCGAGGAGGAUGGACACAAGGUCUCUACGCUGGGCAGCAUGAACGGGCACAGCCGGAACGGCAAGGGCCACGCUCCCCGGCGGAAGCACCGCAACCGCUUCGUGAAGAAGAAUGGCCAGUGCAACGUUUACUUUGCCAACCUGAGCAACAAAUCACAGCGCUACAUGGCCGACAUCUUCACCACCUGUGUGGACACGCGCUGGCGGUACAUGCUGAUGAUCUUCUCCGCCGCCUUCCUGGUCUCCUGGCUCUUCUUUGGCUUCCUCUUCUGGUGCAUCGCCUUCUUCCACGGCGACCUCAAUGCACCGGCCGUGGCAGGUAGUCCCUCUCUGCUCAAGCCCUGCAUCAUGCACGUGAACAGCUUCCUGGGGGCUUUUCUUUUCUCAGUGGAGACGCAGACAACCAUUGGGUACGGCUUCCGCUGCGUGACUGAGGAGUGCCCGCUGGCCAUCAUGGCAGUUGUGGUGCAGUCCAUCGUGGGCUGCGUGAUUGACUCCUUCAUGAUUGGCACCAUCAUGGCCAAGAUGGCAAGGCCCAAGAAGCGGGCCCAGACCCUCCUCUUCAGCCAUCAUGCCGUCAUCUCCGUGCGGGAUGGCAAACUGUGUCUCAUGUGGAGGGUGGGCAACCUGAGGAGGAGUCACAUCGUGGAGGCCCACGUCCGAGCCCAGCUCAUCAAGCCCUACAUGACGGAGGAAGGGGAAUACCUCCCCCUGGACCAGCGGGACCUAAACGUGGGCUACGAUGUGGGUCUGGAUCGUAUAUUUUUGGUCUCACCCAUUAUUAUCGUUCAUGAGAUUGAUGAGGAGAGCCCCCUCUACGGGAUUGGCAAGGAAGAGCUGGAGACGGAGAAUUUUGAGAUUGUGGUUAUUCUGGAGGGGAUGGUGGAAGCCACAGCCAUGACCACACAGGCACGAAGCUCUUACCUUGCUAGCGAAAUCCUUUGGGGUCAUCGCUUUGAACCGGUUGUGUUUGAGGAGAAGAACCACUACAAAGUGGAUUACUCGCGCUUUCACAAGACAUAUGAGGUAGCUGGCACACCUUGCUGCUCAGCCCGGGAGCUGCAAGAGAGCAAGAUGACCAUCCUACCUUCUCCACCACCUCCCAGUGCCUUCUGCUACGAGAAUGAGCUGGCACUUGUCAGUCAAGAUGAAGACGAAGAUGAUGAUGAAGUGGGUGUAGUGUUAGGGGGCAACACCAAGGAGGAGGGAGGUAUCAUCCAGAUGAUGGAUUUUGGAAGCCACCUGGACCUGGAGCGGCUCCAGGCAACUCUGCCUCUAGAUACAAUCUCAUACCGCAGGGAAUCAGCCAUCUAACUCCUCCAACCUCCCCGUUCCACACCCGUUGCCCACAGUCUCCUCUGUUCCGUACCCAUACACUGGAUAAGUCCUUUCACCACCAAAUAAUACCUCCCAUGAUUGCCUCUCAGCCCCCAGACACACCAAGGCCUGGAGCUGCUCGGAUAUACUCCCUUUCUCGUGAGGUCGUAAUGCCUGGGAGAGGAGUGAGGAUACCCUGCUCUUUCUGGGUGUGCAGCUUGGGCUAGAACCCCUCUCCUGCCCAGAGACAGGAGGGCAGCAGGCCUGGUUUCUUGUCUCUGGAGAGGUGGGAGGAGUCUCUGCCUUCGGUGGACAGACUGGGACCCACAGCAAGUGUUCCGGCUGCUGACGCCACAGCAGACUUUGUCACCUCUCACUGUGGGUAGGCCCCAUGGCUGUCAAGGGUCAUCGCCGUCACCGGGAGAGGAGCAACACCUAAGCACAGACCAGAUGAGGAUAGAGGGGAGAGUUUGGGACUCUUGGAGGGAGCGGGGAGGGAUCUCAAGGGAGGAGUUUACUUGCAUGUUUGUUGCUUGGUGCACAUGAUUUUGUAUAUAAAAGAGAAGGAGAACUGCAAUCGAUUUUUCCAAGGCAAAUGCCAAGCUAGGAGACAAGGACAUUCUACACCGGCUGCUCUGCACUCUCCUUGGCUUUCGGUGUCUGUCACCUCCAGAAGCAGCUCGGCUCCAUGGACUCAGAUCCAGUUCUCCCAGUCCUCUUGAAAAACAUGUCUUGCUGCUCUCCUGAGAUACUGGCAGAGGAGGCAGGGCCCUGUGCUUACCACACUCAGACUGCUCCCUGGUGCAGCACAGCUGAGAUGACAGACAGGUGACCUGACUGGACAGCAGAUCCUCCACUUGCUCCUUUUGCCUCCUCCAUUCUUCUCCCUGAUGCCAUCAGCUGUAAAACAGAAUUUGUAACUAUUUAUUUUUAAUAAAGUCUAAUAUCCCAAGGGGAGGUUUGGAAGCAAAGGACAGACUCCACAGCUGCAGCCUGGUGUAGAGACUGAUGAGGGUUAUUAGGGCUGGUGUUUGCUAUUUGUAUGGCAUUGGACCUUGGAAGCUCCAUCACGAGGGCUCUCUUGUUCUGUGCCUCUCUGGUAAAGACCUAUAACAAGAGGCUCAGAGAAUUUGCUCAGGGAGAAGGUCAUACAAAUGUGUGUAUGGAGGGAAUAAUCUGCAUUAAAAUUGCCAGCAGGAUGGGACAAGCAAUACUAUUUGCUUUGGACAUUGCUCUAGAUUCAAAAACCCCAUGAAAAAACCCAAAGCGUCUCUUUGUGCUAGAGGCAACUGAAGGGAGGACGAGGGAAAACAUCAAUCAAAGCCAGACCCGUAACAUCACUGUGUUGUCAUUUCACAAAAGAGGUGAAAACAUGAUGAGCAUUUUCCUUCAGGAGUAGCAGAAUCACCCCUUCAAAACUGCAGAUGAUACAAGGACAGAAAAACAAAUGAGGAGCUCAGGAAGCUGCUCUGGGCACCCAGUAGCUGUGCUGUGGUGGGGAAUAGCUAAAGAAGUUAUGUCCCACCUAAUCCCUGAUCUACAAAGCAGAAAAAAGCAUAUCAACUUGGAAUUGGUUCAAGAAGCAAAAGGAAGAGGGGAAGAAGCAGAAGGGCAGGGAAAGAAAUAGCAGGACUGAGACGAAGAAGCAGACACAGAGGGCAGAUGGUGAAGAUGGAAGGGGAAAAGAGGAAGAGAAAGUGAGGUUAUAUGGAAGUGCAUUUGAGAAAGAGCAUAAAUAGACUCACAAGAUGUGUCUAGGACCAGACAUGGUCAUUUCUCAUCUUAGGAUGUAGGUUUUGUGGGGGAACAGCUGUCCUGCCUGGGUGUACUCCAUUCACUGGAAUAAUUCCAUUCCCAGAAUAAUUCCAUUCCCCAACGCCCUCUGGGCCCAGACAUGGAGCCAGUUUUCUACCCAAUGAACAGUGCACUCAUUCCAUUUCCCCAGGCAGCCAAUUUCUCCAGGGCAAACGCUUUGGGAGACAGUGUCAAAGGCUUUACUGAAGUGCAGGUAGACAUCAUCCAUAGCCUUGCCCUCAUCCACUAGGCAGGUCACUUUGUCAUAGAGGGAGAUCAGGCUGGGCAAGCAGGACCUGACUUUCCCAAACCCAUGCUGGCUGGGCCUGAUUCCUGGGUUGUGCCACAUGUUCUGUAUCGUGGCAAGAUGAAAUGCUCCAUGACCUUUCCUGGCACUGAGGUCAGGUUGAUGAGCCUGUAGUUCUCAGAUCCUCCUUCCAGCCCUUUUUGUAGAUGGGUUUCACACUGGCUAACCUCCAGUCCCCUGGGACCUCUCUGGCUAGGACUGUUGAUAAAUGAUGGAAAGUGGCUUGGUGAGCACUUCCAUCAGCUUUCUCAAUGUUCUUGGGUGGAUCCCAUCCAGCCCUGCAGACUUGGGAGUGUCUAAGUGGUGUAGGAGGUCACUGAGCAUUCCCUCCUGCAUUAUGGGGCUCCGUUGCGCUCCCUGUCCCUGUCUUCCAGCUCAGGGCAUGGAGUACCCUAAGGACAACUGGUCUCACUGUGAAAGACUGAGGCAGAGAAGGCAUUAGCACCUCAGCCUCUACCUUGCUGCUGCAGUGAUCCUCGGCUCCAGAGCCCAUCCGCCAGAGCAGUUUGCCUCAAAGCCUACACUGAAAUGAUGGAUUCCCUCCUGGUUCUGCUGGUGCUUAGGCAGAGCUGCCUCUUCUCAGAGCUCCAAUGCUACCCACUUGGGAACUGGGGUGCCUCUCUCAGCACUAAAUUCAAGAGUUUGCUGGUAUAGGAAAUGAAGUCACCCCCUCCUUUCAUUAUUUACUUAUUUUCCCCUGGAGGAAUAAGCAGGGGCUGGUAUUGACCUGGCUUUUAAUACAGCUUUCAGAGUCGUGUGCCUGCCACUGGCCAUGGAAACAAACUAAUGGACCGAGAGAGAAGGACUUUGCGUGCGAGGACGCGGACAUUCAGGACACAUGAAUGUGUCCACAUGGGGUGGUGGCCUCCAGGAGAGGGGGAACCCUCAUAGCUGGGCACCCCCUCACAGAUGUACGGCACCCUUUGGAGGCGGGUGGCAGUGCUUGGUGGGGAUGAAGUGUCCCCUUGGCUCUUGGGAGACCCAUCAAUCCCCAAGGAGCGAGUGUGCAGAGGUGCCAGGCAGGGGUGGUGCCCCAGGGCCAUGGGCAUGCACAGCUGGAGUGGUUGGAGCAGCACACAGGUCAGCACUGCCAGCCCUCCCUUCACUUGGCCGCCUCUUGUGGGAAAAAUGGGACAAGAUUGCAAUCAGUCUGAGGGAACAAGCAUCAUUCAGCCAUACUGGCUCCAGCCCGCUCCAUAUGUCUGAACCUGCUGGAUGUUUUCAUGUCAUGCUUGGCAUCACGGUGGAGAAGACAGUGAGGCACUGAAGAAUACCCAGCUAAACCCCUGCUGUUCAUAAUAAAAUUGCAAGAAAGCUUUCA